GCUUGUGGAAAGUACUUAUCGGCGCAUCAUUUCUCUCUACUUUCUCGCCGAGAGAAACUACUUUCCAGUUUCCACAACAAGUAGAACGGCAGAGAGAUACUGCGAGUAGAGCUCACAAAAAUGGUAGAGCAAACACAGGAUCCACAGCGCCUCAAGAAAGCUGCGGCGGCAGCAUACGACUACGAGAACGAUCCAAGAUGGGCCGAUUACUGGUCCAACAUUCUCAUCCCUCCCCACAUGGCUUCUCGCCCCGACGUUGUUGACCACUACAAGCGCAAGUUCUUCCAGCGCUACAUCGAUCCCGAACUUGUGGUAGAGGCAAUGUCUUCUAGUAGUUCGACCCAGUCGUCUAGACCUUCAGCAACAUCUUCUGCGCCGCCCCCUACUACAAAUGAUCGGAGUCGACCACGUAGCUCGGGUACAUCUGCAGGCGCAGAUUCUAAUCCAACUCCGUUACGCUGGGAUCGACAAACAAUUCAGUUCUCUGUCAAUGCAUGGGUGUUUAUUGUGGCAGUGCUGGCAAUUUUUCCCCUAAUACCCAAGAAUCUGUCGCAGAGGGCAUAUAGGCUUUCUUUUAUGGGCACAACUUGUUCCUCUUUAUAUUCUUUGUACUCGGUGUAUGGGAAGCCCAGAGCAUGGAAUUUGCAAGCGUUGAAAGUUUAUUUCCAGUCCAUAUUUGCUACAAAAGAUUUCAUUCACUUCACUUACUGUAUCACCUUUGUGACUUCAAAUAUUUGUCUUAAAUUUGCUUUAAUUCCUAUCCUGUGCCGGGCUCUUGAACAUGUUGCAAAGUUCCUUAGGCGUAAUUUUACGCGUUCAUCCUUAUACAGGAAAUAUUUGGAAGAUCCUUGUGUAUGGGUGGAGUCAAAUUCAACUACUCUCAGCAUUCUAUCAUCGCAGGCUGAGAUUGGACUUGGCUUCAUUCUAAUCAUCUCUUUGCUCUCGUGGCAACGCAACUUCUUACAUACAUUCAUGUACUGGCAGCUGCUAAAGCUCAUGUAUCACGCUCCUGUCACUUCUGGGUAUCAUCGAAGUGCGUGGUCCAAUAUCGGGAGGGUCGUUACCCCGCUCAUCGACCGUUAUGCCCGGUUCCUCAACACUCCUCUUUCAAUGGCACAAAGAUGGUGGUUCAGGUAGAAGCUCAUAGAGGAAGAAGAAGAUGCAAGUAUGAUGUAUCAAAAUUUUUAGACUAAUCCCAGUAGUAACUUCCUGCCACUUUUUCAAGCUAAAAAUUGGUGUCACCAUCUCACUUAGGUCUGUGGAUCAAGUUUGGUUACCAAAUGCAACUUUUCUUUUAAUAUUGAUUGUUGAUAUAUUAUACAUCUUAGGAGAUUAUGUUUGAAAUGUGGGUUAAAUUUUUCUAUCUUGCAUGAAGGUUUCUGUUCAUGGUGAUGGAAGCCAGGUUCUAAUUUUUUUCUUCCA